CUUUGGUGGCAUGAUAGUAAUGGGAAGUGAAGGUGAACCUCAACAAUUACUGGUUAUUGGUGGGGAGGCUUCUAUAUCAACUAUUACACAGUAUCAUCAUCAAUUUAAAUACGUUACAACGGCUGGUGUUUAUGAUCUUGUUAGAACUAAUGAACAGAAUAUCUACAACCUGUCCAGUGGACAAUGGGCUGUUCCAUCUGUCAGUGGACAGUGUUGUCCACCAACUAGUGACUUUACAGUUGAAAGGAUCAAUCAUAAUAAAGGAAUUAUGUAUGGAGGAUUGAUGACUGAUGGUAUCAAUGCACCUACUAACAGUAUCUACUUGUUUCAAUUAUCACAUAAUACAAUAAACUGGGAGUGUCUUACACAAGGAGCAAUACCUAAUGAUGGACUGUGGCUUAAGGGGAGACGUGCUCAUGCCAGUACUAUUAUCAAUGGUGUCUCUACCUCACCUACACUAGUAGUGAUUGGUGGAGCGGAUAAUAUGAGUCAACCAGUGAAUGAUUGUUUUUUAUUAGACACAAACCAGUACAAUUGGAUAACGAUUCCACUACCUGAUUCUGUUACAGUUAGAUUCUAUCAUACUGUAGCAUCUUUUGUUGUUUACCCUAAUCAUGUGUUCCUGAUAAUAGUGGGAGGUGCUAUAAAGGGAGAACAGAUACCUGUAGGAGGAGGAGUAAUGAAAUGGCAAAGUACACCUGUGACUGAUCCUAAUAUCACAAUGGUAGUUGAACUAGGUAAUAUUAAUUAGUUAUUUAUGUAUAAUCUUACAAAAUAAACACUUUACCAUAGGCUGGGUUUUGAUUGCAAGAUUUUUUUUGAUUGUGAAUUGCGAGUCUGGAAUACAUCUCGCAAUGAAAAGAAUUGCACUUAAAACAUUUCAAUCAUUUCUACACGUGUUUCAUUUACAGCAUCAUGAGUGGUAUCUUGUGAUAUUUUAAGCCCAAAUUACCUCAUCUAGUCAAGUCCCAAUGCCCCCUAACAUCUUGAAGGAAGUUACCGUAUAGCUUGAAAUUUUCAUGGAAUGUAAAUUUUUGCUUUUCGUGGUUAUGAGCUGCCCACGAAAUUUAAACCCAUGAAAUCUUUGAAGUGCCAUCCCCUUACAGGUUAAUGGCUAUGUAA